GGCACAUGAAUAUAAGUCCUUCGUUUCCCAAUUCCCAUUCGUCCUUGACCGGUAGUUCUAUCACGUCCUAACUAGUGUUUGGCUCUUUCUUGAAGUGGCAUAACUCUGAGCAUCUAACUUUUUGAUCGCUUUUUCCUGAUCCCUACGAAUUCGCAUUGGGUUUCACUCGGGCGGAACCCUAGUUGCAUUUGUCAUUCGGAUUUUGUCGACCUGUGGUGCGCUUGCUGGUUGUUUGUAGAUCCUUUCAUGUAUUUGCUUGCUUUAUCAAGGAUCUAAAUGAAGGAGAGAAAGACUGUUUCUACGUUGAAGCGUGUAUUUCUUAAUUGUGCUUCUCAGUCAAAAGAAUACGGGUUGUGCAUCGCAAAAAAAGUUCCGGAGAUAGAACGUGAUAUGUGUUUGAAAGAAUUCCUUGCACUAAAAGCAUGCAUGCAGAGCACGAUCAGAAACAAGGUGUAAAUUUGACUCAGGCAAAAGAUAAGCUAUUUGGAGUCCCUUUUAAACUAUUGGAUAUCUUAGAAGCAGGAAGACUAAGUUGAUUACUGGUUUGAAACUCAAGUGUAUUAAGCAGUGGCAGGUUACCUUGCUAGUUUCUAAGCUCCAAGUACACUAUGUCGGAUAAAGCUUCUGGUGAACAAUCUCAGGGAGGAAUUAAUGGUUCUGGUGCACUCUCUCAUGUUUAUAUUCAACAUCCACCUCUGCGAUGCAAUGUUCCUGGAGUACAAGGAUUGUAUUAUGAUGAUGGGAAUAAGUUGAUUUUGGCUCCAUCAUCUGACCAUGUUUUGUCCUGGAAAGUUGGUACAUCUUCUGAGUUGGAUCCACCUAGUUCCGAUUUUGUUGGCGAUGGACCUGUUUUAUUCAUCAGAUAUUCUCUUGAUGCAAAGUUAAUAGGAAUUCAAAGGUCUCAUCAUGAGAUACAAUUCAAGAAUAGAGAAACCGGGCAGACAUUUAGUUACAGAUGCAAAACUGACUCUGAGAGAAUACUUGGAUUCUUUUGGACAGACUGCCCGUCCUGUGAUAUUAUAUUGAUUAAGACAAGUGGCAUAGACUUGCUCUCAUAUGAACCUGACAUGAAUUCUCUUCGGUUGGUGGAGGCUAAACGAUUUAGUGUCAGUUGGUAUGUCUAUACUCAUGAAAGCCGGAUGGUUUUUCUUGCUUUUGGAAUGCAGUGCACUAUGUUCUAUGGGUUUCAGUUCUCAUCAGGAGGAAUUGUUCGCUUGCCUAAAUUUGAGAUGACAAUGGCCAAAUCUGAGGCAAACCACAAACCUGUUCUAGCAUCAGAAGAUGUUCAUAUAGUUACUAUCUAUGGUAGAAUAUACUGCCUGCAAUGUGAUAGGGUGGCUAUGCGGCUCAACUUAUAUCGAUUUUAUCGUGAUGCUGUUGUGCAACAGGGGGCUUUACCUAUUUACUCAAGCAAAGUUGCAGUUAGUGUGAUUGACAAUGUACUUUUGAUUCAUCAAGUUGAUGCAAAAGUUGUCAUAAUGUAUGAUAUAUUUCUUGAUUCUCUAUCACCAAUAUCUGCUCCACUUCCACUUCUGUUGAGACGCCAUUUAGUUUCUAGUAGACAAGGAGUGCAAGUUGAGGAUAGUCUCACUAGUGCAUAUAGUGCAAUGAUAUAUGGAGACAAUUGGAUUUUCCUGGUUCCUGACCUUAUCUGUGAUAUUGAUAAUAGUCUUUUGUGGAGGAUUUCCUUGGAUCUAGAGUCUAUUGCUGCUAGUAGCUCUGAUGUUCCAUCCAUUCUGGAGUUUUUACAACGUCGCAGAUCUGAUCCAAGUAAGAUUAAGACAUUAUGCCUUAGAAUGAUGUGCGCUAUUAUUCUCGAAAGAAGGCCAAUAUCAAUCAUCACAAGGGCGAUAGAUGUACUUGUCACAUCUUAUUCAUACUGCAUUAGAGUUGAAAAUGCUUUUCAGGGAGGAAACAGAAGUUCAAAGAGAACCGAAAAUUCAAGUGGCCAAAUUGCAACUUCCUCUAACUUUGUGUCUGCAGAAUCUUCUGGAGAAACAAUUAAUAGGAGCAAAUCUAUCAUUGAAGUAGCAGAGAAUAAAUCAAAACAAUCAAUGACUCGAGGUUCUGAUGAUGAGCAUGUUAAUCAAGCUGGAAAUUCUGAUGGUAAAGGAUCAUUUAAUUCACUUUCUGAUGGGGAUGACAAUCCAAAUCUUGAUGCCAUGAAAAUCCACUUGGGACUUCAAUGUGGAAGCAGCAGAAUUGAUUCUGGUGUUUCUAACCAGCUGGAAACUCAACCAACUAGUGUGGCAAUUUCACCGUAUGAAAUGUUUGAGUUUAUAUUUGCACCAGUAGAAGAAGAAUUGGGGGCUGAUCCUUCAUACUUGAUUGCGAUUAUUGUGGAGUUUUUACGCUGUUCUAUGAAGGAAAAGUUCAGGGUUCAUCCUGACAUGUAUGCAAUGGUGAUCCAAAUGCUAGUCCGCAGCAAUCGCUAUGGUGAACUUGCAUUUUUUGUUACAAACAAGAUCUUGGAGCCAUCUAAAGAAGUUGCCUUGCAACUUUUGGAACAAGGUCGUCAAAACUUGCAAAUUCGAAAGCUGGGUAUGGAUAUGCUUAGGCAGCUAUCUUUCCAUCAUGAUUAUGUCACCAUACUUCUGCAAGAAGGAUACUACCUUGAAGCUCUGCAGUAUGCCAGAAAACACAAGGUUAUUACAGUGCAGCCAUCAUUAUUUCUUGAAGCAGCAAUUGCAGCUAACAACUCGCAACAUCUUGCUGCAAUUUUGAGGUUUUUCUCAGAUUUCACACCGACUUUUAAUAUCACUUCCGAGUACGAUCGAUACUGCACAAUACUGAGUGAGAUGAGUUAGCAGAGUGAACCUGCAUAAAUAUCAUUUCUGGAAUCCUUAAGUCAUUGCCUCUGCUCAAACAACAUUUAUGAUCGAGGAAAACCAAAUAUUUACUUUUUAUGUCCAUGUUGGUUCUGUGGGAUAUGGAUGCCAGAGAGCUGUUUGUGUGAAUAAGGUAGUAAUAAGCCGAGCCCUUCACCUAUAACACAACGAGUGACUGUGAAUGAACCUGCUGUCGUUUGUAUUUCGCACAAUGGGAUGAUACAAGCUGCAGCGGUAAGAUGAACAUAAUAGUCUCAUAUUUGUGUAAUUUUUUUUUUUUAAAAAUUAUAUGAAUACCAAACAUUUCAAAGAAUGGGAGGGAUCCCAAGGCUGAAAAAUUCUUAUUUACUA